AUGGAUCCAGUUUCGUUUUUGAGAGGAACUGUGUCGUACCCAUCCAGCAGCACUUCCCACUCCGCUGCAUCCAUACUGGACCUGAACCAGCAUAUACACAUCCAUCCUCAUUCAGGUUUUAAAUAUAUUUUUACAGGAGAGUCUGUGAAAGUCAGGGCAAUUAUUGUCAACAACUCAACUCGCCCAGUGACCCCAAAAUACUACCUGUACGAAAAGCAGUGUUUCUACGCCCAGAAGAAGAGGAAAGUCCACACCCACAACAUCUUGAAAGAGAAGGGCGAUCAGGUCCCUGCUGGCACUCGGCAGACGGUGACCCAAGUUUUGACCAUCCCUCCACAACUCCCUGCCACCAUCUUCAACUGUCCUAUACUCAAAUUAGAGUACCGAUUGAAGGUCGUUCUUGAUGUUAAACUGGCCAUAGACCCUGAGAUCAAGCUACCUAUCGUUGUUCUUACUGCAACUCAAACUCUUGGACAGGAACCCCCACCUUACUCCAGUUUUGGUUUUGAGUCACAAGUCCCAACUGCAUCUGAGCUACCACCCCCCCCUACGAAAUGUUUGCUUCCUCAUCAAAUUUCUAUAGAAAAUUGUAGAGGCAUGGAGAUUCUCAAUUGGGCGCAAAAGUCUGUCCUCUACUCAACUCCUCCAUCCUCCUCUUCCAUGCCCCAGAGGCCGAUAAGGGGUCACCAUAUAUAGGACAGGGUCAAUUAGUUAAUAAGGGAACGGAGGAGUUUCAUCCUCUCCUUGAUAGCCUCCUCUCUGGCCAAGGAUAUUGAGAUGUAUCCUACCAGUGUACUACAUGGAAGAGGUUUGAAAUGCGUCACACCCCCUUUGAAACCGUUGUUGUUUUGUCAGAGAAAAACAUGUACCUUUAAAUACAAUAUGCUACCUAUCAUUUUAUCUAUAAAACACCCCUCUAGUACCGGGUCGGACCCCCCCUUUGCCUUCAGAACAGCCUGAAUGGAUGCACCGUAUCAGCAACAAUGUUUAAAUACGCUGUGGCGUUGAACCGUUGCUAAUUUGUUUGUCUGUUUGUGGCCCAUCUAUUAGCUUGCACGAUUCUUGCCAUUCUCCUUCGAUCUCUCUCAUCAACGAGCUGUUUUCACCCACAGGACUGCAGCUGACUGAAUGUUUUUUGUUUGUCGCACCAUUGUUGGUAAACCCUAGACACUGUCGUGUGGAAAAAGCCCAGGAGGGUGGCCAUUUCUUCGAUAUUGGAUACGGCACACCGAUGUUGAUACCACGCUCAAAGUCGCAUACGUCACUCGUUUUGCCCAUUCUAAUGAUCGAACAGAAACUGAAUGCCUCGAUGCCUGUCUGGUGUACUUAAACUGGCCAGUGAGCGUAUAUAUUAAAAGUCUAAUUUCAUACCAGCGUAUUUGUUUUCAAGUUUCCUCUCCUUGCCUCGAUUACCUUUGACCUUUUUCAAAAAGAGGGGAAGAGAGGACAGAGGAGAUGACGUGAGGAAUUAAGCAAAUUCUAUUGAUAUUCUCCUGGAUAAAGGAAGAUGAAGGGUGAAGAAUUUCAGAAGAAUUAGAAUUGAUUGUAUUGUAUUGUCUAACCAUUUCCUCCUUGACUUUUAUUGGUCUUUUUUUGUAUAUGCAUGCAUGACUGUACGUUGCUUUGGAUGACAGCUUUUGCUAAAUGGCAUAUUAUAUUAUCAUUAUUAUUUAGCAUCUAUACUUAUUGCUAAUUUACCUGCCUUGAUUUGAAAUGUGUGCAUGUUGCCUUAGAAAAUAAUAAAAAGCACUAUUCAAAUAAAAUAUAAUUUAUUACCAUGUCCAAUGAUCAGCAGUAUCCCCAAACAGUACAGAAAAGCUAGGAUUAACCACUGAAGACUCAUGUGCUGUCACGCCCUGGUCGAAGUAUUUUGUGUUUAUCUUUAUGUAUCGGGUCAGGCCAGGGUGUGGCAUGGGGUUUUUGUAUUGCGGUGUGUUUUGUCUUGGGGUUUUGGUAU